GGUGGCGGAUCAUGUGCAUUACCUGCGGUGACUCACAGCACAAAGAGUUGAUGGUAGAAAAUAAAGGAAGACGAGGAAAGGGAGAGAGACAGGGAAAAAGAAAGUCAAAAACCAUCGUCCACUGCUUAUGAAACAACCAAGAACAAUUAUCUCUCUCUGUGUGUCACUCUUUCUCUCUCUACUCUCAAAAAGGUAGAGACUCGACGCGACGUUAUUUUACAGUUUUAAAAGAUCACACCAAUCAGAUCGAUCGGCCUCUCGUCUUAGGUUGGUUGCGAAGGUCGCAGAGCUCGGCAUCACCACCGACUUCUCUCUCUCUCUCUCUCUCUCUCUCUCUCUCGUUCACUGUUUUCAUCUCUCCUCGAUUCUUCUACUUCCUGAUUUUGGAGUAGCUUGUACCUUACUGGGUUUAUCACGAAAGGUAUUUCUACCUACUUCUGUUCCACCUAAUUGAAUUACAGAAGAAAAGAGAAGCAAAUUUAUGAACCCACUGCUCUGUAGAGAGAAAGAGAGAGAACCCAACAAGGAAGCAAGCGAGAAGAGGAGAUUUAUCUUGGGUUUGAGAGCAGUAAAGGGAAUCUAUUAGAAGCCCCCAAGAACAAAACCUCCGGAAAUGGAAAAUCUUGGGUUUUAGGAACAACGGAAGGUGGAGGUCAGCCUGUGAGGGUGCCGGAAUCUUCUUCCUAUGGUCUACGUGAUGCCAGCAGAAGAAGUAUUGCAUCCAAAGGUGUUGGAGUUGCUGUCGUCGUCAACGUUGUUUCCUCUUCUGGGUUUUGCUCUUCUCCUCCGCCUUCGACACCCUGCAUUUCCUAACCACAAUUACGAUCGAGAUCGCUCUUCUUUCUACUACUUAAUAGUAUGGAAUUUUCCUUCCGUAGUUCCUCUUCUAAAUCAGCAAGGAUGGUUCCCCGUUUCUUUUUCUGCAUUCUUCCUUUCUUCUCCCUCGGCUUCUAUCUCAAUGUUCCGACCGUGCAGACAUUUACUGGAACCUAUGGAAUAAAUUAUGGCAGGAUAGCUGAUAACAUCCCGCCACCUGAAAGCGUUGUGACACUUCUUAAAGCAAUAAAGAUAAAGAAUGUUAGGAUAUAUGAUGUUAAUCACAGUGUCCUGAAUGCUUUUAGAGGUUCUGGGCUUGAAUUAGUAGUUGGACUUCCCAAUGAAUACCUGAAAGACAUGAGUUCGAAUGCGACCCAUGCCAUGGAAUGGGUAAAAGAAAAUGUACAGGCGUUCCUUCCAGGAAUCUGUGGAAUUGCUGUUGGGAAUGAGGUGCUGGGGGGAAGUGAUCAGGAACUCUGGCAGGCUCUUCUGGGUGCUGUAAAGAAUGUUUAUAAUGCCGUCAACACGCUUCAUUUGGCUGAGUUAAUUCAGAUCUCAACUGCACAUUCAGAGGCUGUCUUUGCUAAUUCCUACCCUCCAUCUUCAUGUAUUUUUAACGACAACGCCAUUCAAUACAUGAAGCCACUUUUGGAGUUCUUCUCACAGAUCGGGUCUCCUUUCUUUCUGAAUGCCUACCCUUUUUUGACCUACAUGAGUGAUCCCAAGGAUAUUGAUCUUAAUUAUGCUUUGUUCCAACCAAACUCUGGAAUUUAUGAUCCGAAGACUAAGCUCCAUUAUGAUAACUUGCUUGAUGCUCAAAUCGAUGCUGCUUAUGCAGCUUUAGAAGCUGCUGGUUUUGGAAAGAUGGAAAUUAUAAUUUCCGAGACUGGUUGGGCUUCUCGUGGGGAUACAGAUGAAGCUGUGGCCACAGAUAGCAAUGCCAGAACUUAUAAUUAUAAUCUCCGUAAACGGCUUGCCAAAAAGAAGGGGACCCCUCUCAGGCCAAAGAUGGUGCUAAAGGUAUAUGUAUUUGCCUUGUUUAAUGAAGAUUUGAAGCCUGGGGCAACAUCUGAGAGGAACUUUGGAUUGUUUAAACCGGAUGGGAGCAUUGCAUAUGAUAUUGGAUUUAGAGGGCUCAUUUCUUCGUCAGCUUCCUCAUCAAUAAUAUCUUUGAAGGAUAUUUGGAAACGAGCUUGGAUUGCUUCCUACUCCAUGGUUUUGAUGACCUGUGGUGCAGUGCUGUUUCUAGUAUAAUGCCAUCAACCAAUUUAUUUAAAAUCUAAAAGGAAAGAACCCCAAAGGUUCAAGAGUUCUCACUCUUCUAUUUUGAUCGAUGCCAAAUUGUCAGCAUCUGGAAGCACACAACCAUUCAUCAUUUCUUGUAUGUGCAAUUGAUCUUGAAAUAGUUAUGGCUGGAAAUUGCUGAUCAAUUUUCAUUCAUCAAAAAAUGUGCCCUACAAGAAUUCCCUUUUUUUUUUUUUUUUUUUUUUUUGCAUCUCCAGAAUUUUGUUCAUGCAUUUCAGGGCGUCUCUGUCCAAGCUUAGGGCAUGUUUUACAGUGUGUUAUGGGAAAAAUGACUGUCUGGGAGUGUGUUGCUUGUGCUAGACACCAGAUGGGGUGAAAUGAUCGCUCCACCCCCAUUAAAAGGUGGAAAUCCCACUCCAGUUGAUGUUUUAUGCACUCUCAUUGGCCUUCAAGGGCCAUGCUCCUGAACAGAAAACCCAACCUGUGUGAUAUUCACAUCUUUUCAGCUACACUUGGAAUGAAUCUAAUAAGAUUAAGCUAAGUAUUUAAAUGUUGGGAAAAGUCUCUCUGGGCAAGUGGCAUAGCCUGCGCCUCUUCACAAUUUUAAAAAAAAAAUUAAUAAUAAAAAAAUCUGUCAGGGGCGUAGGCUACUCUGCUUUCCCUUGUUUGUUUCUAUAUUUUGAUUUUGAUCCAACUCUUGGGGACAAAAUAUCCUGAAUCCGAUAGGAAAAUGACAAAAGGGUCGGUGUGGACUUUGGUUCUCUUCCAUCACACGCUUUCAUUAGCUUAUCUCUAACAAAGUAACACUGAACUUUCAAC